CCGGCCCAAUUCAAGACUGUUAACACAAACCGUGUCAUAUUGUCGCCGGAGAACACGAAUUUUUCGUAGACUUUCGUCGUUUCAGAGUUCAGAGUGGCGGUUUACCCACGCGAGCAACUGCAAUCGCAUCGCCGGCGGGAGAGUGAAAGGAAGAAGUCAAGAGUCUUGUAAACUCUGUACCACUCUCGGACGACAUUUCUAUGGGUUAUGUGCAGGAAGCCCGCGAGAAUCACGUCAAAAAGAAGGUUGAAGAAGGUAAAAAUUGGAAGACAUUAAUAAUACUGUUUCCAGCGGAGUAUUGUAGAUAGUUUGGUUAUUUUUUAAUCUAAUUUCUGAUUUAUCUCUUAACAUAGCUGCCCCGGGAAUGAAUGGAAAUGAACUCUGAUUAACCUCAAUUUAUGCUUUCUCUUAAUUGGGUUCUAAUGUUCUAUAUAGUGUCUGCAGCUGUCCAUUUCAUGAAACUGUUAAUUAUGCUUCUGCAUCAGUUUCUUUUUUUUUCUUUUUCUUUUUAAUUUAUAUGCAUAAUAACAAAUCAUACUCUUGACAGUUUCGGAUAUUCGUUCUCACUGUUUUCUUGCUUGUAAGUAUGAAGGGUUUAUGCUUGAGAACUGUGUUUUCUUCCCCCCUCUCAUUUUUUUCUGUUUAGAAUAGUUGAAAUUUUAUUUUAUGAGUAUAAGAUGUGAUUCGGUAGCUAGAUUUUUGUGCUGAUUUUCUCUUGAAAUUGAUAUGCUGUUAUGAUCUAAUUAGCUUGCGCAUUUCUUUAUCCUAGUGAAAUCAUCCUCAAGGAAAUCCCCCCUGGUAUUUUUUUCUGAAGUAGGUACUUCAUGUGCCUAGAUGUCCCCUUAUAUUUUCUAAACUCUUCUGUUUAUAAUUAGUCCCCUGUACGGAAAGAUUAACUUGUUUUUAGUGAAAUGAGAUGAAAUUGUGUGAUGUUCCAUUAUCACGGUCAGUGAACUAGGCUUCUGGCUAUGUCAACUGUUCAUUUAUGUCGUCUUAUCAAGUUUUAAUUUGUCAUACAGAUUGAGCCAUUGAGGCCCAUUCUGUAAUUUGUUUAUACAUUUCUAUUUUAAGCCACAUAAUAGAAUUUUUACGUCUCCGCCUGUUGUAAACUCUCGGGUUCAUUAGUUCUUUAGAGUUUACAAUUGACUGUUCCAAGCCAGUGUAAAGGAGGAGGGUUACGUUAGGUUGGCAGCCAGUGUAAGACUUUGCCACUCUCAUGAAUAGAAUUUUUACUUUUAUAGCCUGUAAUUUUGUCCUGUUAGCGAACAUUUGUGUUUCAGCUUGAUUUAGCAAUUUAUUCGCCCACUAUUUCAGCGUUGCGCAGCAAAAUGAAGCAGAAAGCACUUAAAGCAUGUGAUCUUUACACUUCGAAGUAUGCUGAGUGUGCUGUGGGGAGGACGCUAUCAGUUGUUUGGCAAUGUCGCAAACAAGCUAAGGAACUUAAUGAAUGCCUUCAUCAGUUCACAAAUGACACUGUGUUGGAAGAAAUGAAGAAAGAAUAUGCUCUUCAACAAAGUGGGAAAGAAUCUUUGAGUUAUUGAAGUUUGCUUUCUUCAGUUCGUGCUCUCUUAUUGUCCCCAGUUCCUGCGGCAGAAUGGCAAUGAUGGCCACCUCCUCCUAUGUUUUGCAUUCCUCUCUCUGCGGAUGCAAUGGAACGGGGAAUCGGAAUCGUGCGGAUGAAAUACAUAAUGUGUCUUUUACUCUGGGACUUUAAUUCACAUUGGAAAGAGUUUGUACUUUGACGUUGAUACAAAACAUAUCAUUCUUAAUCCAAGCUGUCUUCCCUGUUAAUUUUUAGUAUGGCUUUAGGUACUAUAGCAAUAGUUCCUUGUGUUUGCUCAGUUUUCUUUAUGUUUUUAUAUUUUUAAUGUAUCAUUUUACAUUUUAAUUAUAAUUUCAAGAUUAGGAGUAGCACGACUAGUUGUUGGCAAUAGGCUUUCAUAUGACAGUUUUUUUUUCUAAAUAUAAAUAGCUACCUUUAUGGCC